AGUGAGAGAAAGUCAGAGAAAGAAAUAGAUAGGAAGAUAGACACAUACAUAUAUCUAUAUACAUAUAUCCCACUUCAUCUUUUCCACCUCGUUUUGCCUCCCUCUUUGGAGUUACCCGCGCUCAACGUUACGUUACGUUACUUUUCCUCGAGAAUAACGAUACGAUUAUGUCAGAGAAGAUGAGCGAUCAGGAGGACCUAGAAUACUGCAUAAUGUUCCCGUCUUUUCCACCAUCACCAAAGGACCCAGCUUUGACGUCUUCCACAACCAAUGGACAGGAUCAUAAAGAAGAAUUUGUUUUUGUCUAUGAAGAGGACAAACGACCAUUGGUUGUUCUUCUUGGAUGGGCUGGAUGUCAGGAUAGAUAUUUGGCUAAAUACAGUGCUAUUUAUAAGGAGAAGAGUUGCAUCACUCUUCGUUAUACAGCACCUAUGGAAUGUCUUUUUGGACGAAGAAACAAAAUGCCUUAUAUAGGCAAAAGAUUGUUACAAGUAAUUGCUAAAAACAGUUUGAACGGUCAUCCGAUAUUCUUCCACAUAUUUAGCAAUGGUGGCGCCUUACUUUAUCAACACAUCAGUAUUGCAAUGCAACAAAUGAAUUCUCCGAUCCAAUCACAAGUGAAAGGGGUGAUCUUUGACAGUGCACCAGGUGAAAGAAGAGUUACAUCCCUGUUCAAAGCUAUCAGUGCAAUCAUUGGUGGACAUCCUCUAACAAAUAUACCGAUGUCAUUCUUUAUUACAAUCUUCUUAUCAAUGUUCUGGUUCUUCGAGGUGAUCGCUCAUGCACUUGGACGAGGUUUUACCAUCCAAUCGAAUCCUUUCGCAUUGAUGGAAGAAUCCUCCUCUUGGCCACAACUAUUUCUUUACUCGAAUACCGACACCUUAAUUCCUGCUGCAGACGUUGAGAAAUUCGCAAGCCGACGUGCAGAACGCGGAGUACGUGUACAGCUAGUACUCUUCACAAAUUCACCCCAUGUUAAACAUUAUGCAAUGUAUCGAGAGGUCUACGUUAACACGGUUUACAGUUUCAUCAACGAGUGUCUGCAGUCUGGCAACCCGUCCAAAAGGUUCGAGAAAUCACCUAAUCUUGACGAAGAUCAUAUCGAAUCCGAAGUUUACGAUUCGCAACCUGGUCUCACGAAACGUGUCGUUUUACCUAACGAGGCAACCAAGUAUCUAAAUUAGUACUCAUACACGCGAAAGAACAAAUCGUCGAUAAAAUGAAAAAGAUAAAAAGAACAAGCAUUUUUAUUAGCAAAAAUUAUCUUGCAUUAUUUCGUCGCAAGGAAAUUUUAAACACGCGUUCGUUGUAAAAACUUACGGAUAUCGAAAAUCGAUUAAUAUUGAUCAUAUUUUUUUUAUUGAUUUAAUUUUUUUAAUUAUUUAUAUUUUUUAAGCAAUUUAAUACGAGCUAAUAGUUAAAGUUAAAAAGUUAAUACAAGUAUACGAAGAACAAUGGAGUGAUGAUUUUUUUUUUAAUUUAUUCUCUUUUAUAAAGACUUUUUCAACAAAAAAAAGAAGAAAAUUUAAAAGAAAACGAAAAUUAAUAUCGAUUUUCGAACUCUGUUAGUUUUCACAAACGCGUAAAUAUAUCUUCAUUGCUUUUCAAUUUCUUCCCUUUUACACAUCUUCCAUUUUCCGACAAUCCGAAAGACGUAUGAGUAAAUAAGUGCGUAUCAAACGUGCCUCGGCUGAUUGUAAGUACAUAGUACGAAAAAAUAAAUAUAUACAGCAGUACAAGACGAACCCCAACAACAACAAGAAAAGAAUUAAAAGAUAAA